CCUCCCGUCUUCACCUUUCCGACCGGUGUGGCAUCGCUAUGUCGAGUGGUGAUGCUCGUCGCUGCUCCCGAGGCUGAGAGGCUCCCCCUUCCGCCUUCCUGUGGCCGCUUAGUCACCGACCAUGAUCCGCCAUCGAGGUGAUCGCACCCUUUUCGCGCUGCUCGUCCUCCUCGCGCUGCCGGCGCUCCUCGGGCCAUGCGUGGCCUCCGUGCUGGAGGCCCGCGGCCAGAACGGCUCGCUGCCGGCGCCGCUCUCCGUGGCGCCGAACCAGAACUGGGAGGGCAUCGACGGCAAGUGGAACACCGUCAGUCUGCGCGUCGGCACGCCGUACCAGUGGGUGCGCGUCUUCGUGUCGACCGCCAGCCAGCAGACGUGGACGAUAGACCAGACGGCCUGUCUCGCGAACCGGUCAGACCCGACGUCGGCGCUGGACAGCACGUGCAUGGAGAGCCGCGGGCGCCUGUUCAGCACGGCGAACUCGACGACGUGGGACGAGAACGGCUUUUUCCAGCUGUGGACGGAGAAGAACCUGGGCCUGACGGGCAACGGCUUGUUUGGCUGGGACACGGUCGGCCUGGGGCUGCCGGGCGAGGAAGGCCCGACCAUGCUCAACACCACCGUCGGCACCCUGAUCUCGCCCAACUUCUGGCUCGGCCACUUCGGCGUCAACCCGAAGCCCACCAACUUCUCCGCCUUUACGGAUGCGUCGCCGAGCUACAUGACCAUGCUCUUCGACCAGAAGCAGAUCCCCAGCGUCUCGGUUGGCUACACGGCCGGCGCGCAAUACCACGAUGCCGUUGUCCUGUCGAGUUUGACGCUCGGCGGCUAUGACUCGUCGCGGUUUAUUCCAAACGACAUCACCUUCGAGUUCGCGCCCGACAACGAGAGAGACAUCGUCGUGGGCAUCGUCGGCAUCACGGCAAACAGCUCGACCAAGCCAGCCACCAGCCUUCUCAAGCGCGACUCGUUUACCAUGUAUAUCGAUUCGACUGUCGCCGAACUAUGGCUGCCGAUCGAAGUAUGCGAAGCUUUCGAGGACGCUUUCGGGCUGAGCUACGACAACGACACGGGGCUCUACCUCCUCGACGACCAGACUCAUCAGCGGCUGCUGGCCGAGAACCCAUCCAUUACGUUCAGCCUCGGGCAGAAGUUUACAACCAACGCCACCGUAGACAUCACGCUGCCGUACGCAGCACUCGAUCUGGAAGCAAGCCCGCCUUACCGCGGAUUGGAGAAUGCGACAAAGUACUUUCCUAUCCGGCGGGGCGAAAAAGAAAGCCAGUUCGUGCUGGGCAGGACCUUCUUGCAGGAGGCAUAUCUGCUCGUAGACUGGGAGCGUCAAAACUUUUCCGUUUACGAAUGCAGCUGGGUGUACGGCCAGGAGGAGAACAUUGUCCCGAUUAUAUCACCAGUGUACACGGGCGAGAACAAAGCCAGCAAGCCUCAUCACCUCACGACCGGCACCAUCAUUGGCAUCGCCCUCGGAGCCGGCUUCGGGUUCGCAAUCACAGUGUGUGGGAUAAUAUGGUUUUUCUGGCGCAGACGGCACAAGCGAAAGCUUGCAAAAGUCAAAGCCGACUAUGAAGCAAAGGCGGCGGCAGCCGCGAAAGAGCCGCCUGCCGAGAAGAGGGAAGAUCCGCCGACGUCACCCACCCAGGACGCGGAGGAAGGGACCAAGGUGUUCCCCAAGGCCGAGCUGCCUGCAGAUUCUGUCGGCCGGCCUGAGAUGAGUUGUGAUAGAAAAGAGGCAGACCCAAAUUCACUCAGCACCUUGGUGGAAGUGGACAACACGGAGCGACAAGUCUUCGAGAUGCUUGGCGAUAUUCCUAGCACUGUAGAAGCAGGAGGUCGGCAGUUGUCGGAGAAGGAGUCGAUGAUGGUCCGCGAGAGGAUAUACAAUGGCGUGGAUCCGUAUGGUACCCCCGACGUAUCGCCUACCGCAGAAGACGCGCCGCGACGGCAGGCGCCAGUGUCCCCUUCAGAGGUGGCGAUGGUGAACAGAAGACUGCCCGAUGUGUCUCCCACAACGCCUCGCGCACGAGACGGGGCGAGCCUCGAAGCCAACGAUACCUUCUUCCAGCCGCCGGCGCCGCGAGCGCCGCGGGACGGCAGAUAUCUCGAGGCCGAGGACACGCUUCUCUCGCCCAUCUCCCCUCUGGAGGGGUCGGCGGACACGUCCCGGCGGCGGUUUUCCUACGAAUCAUGACCAUAUCAAAAGUAUUAUCGCUCCGCAUUUACGACCGGCGCAUUGGGAUGGGGACCAUUGGGCGGGCUCUGUUGGGAUUUGAUGUACGGCGCGUUGGCAUAAGUGAUCUGGCGUUUGAGCAAGGUGAUACCUCAUGUCUUUGCAUGUGCGAUGGGCGGCAUUUGCGAUAGAGCGCGCUGGAGCAGGCCGUGGGGCUCUACUCAGUCCGAGUAAUUUCUUCUGUUGAUCUCCUUAGCAUAGCAAGGCGGAAUGGCUCGUGGCCGCCGGCCAUCAAUGCAGCCCGGGCACUAUAUCCAAGACGACGAAGGUUAGCUCGCACCGUUGCAUCGCGCACUGUAGAUGCGGAGGAAGACGGAAUGCGGCUUGUAGCUGGUGGUGCAGGGCUACGUCAGGACGGCGGCGAGGGAGUCGGUGUGCUAGCAGCUGAAGAGCCCACAAAACGGCC